AUGAAAUUCAGUGACUUGCUGAACCACAAGAAGUAUGACAACUCCCUCAAGAUUGUCAGCCAUGCCUUCUGCACCACCAACUGUUUGCACCCCCUGGCCAAGGUCAUCCAUGACAACUUUGGCAUCACGAAGGAACUCAUGACCACAGUCCAUGCCAUCUCUGCCACCCAGAAGACUAUGGAUGGCUCCUCUGGGAAACUGUGGAGUGAUGGCCAUGGGGCUGCCCAGAACAUCAUCCCUGUAUCUACUGGAGCUGCCAAGGCUGUGGGCAAGGUCAUCCCUGAACUGAAUGGGAAGCUCACUGGCAUAACCUUCCAUGUCCCCACUCCUAACGUGUCUGUUGUGGACCUGACCUGCCGCCUGGAGAAAGCUACCAAAUAUGAUGACAUCAAGAAGGUGGUGAAGCAGGCAUCAGAUGGACCCCUAAAAGGCAUCCUGGAUUACACUGAAAACCAGGUCAUCUCCUUUGACUUUAACAGUGACACCCACUCUUCCAUCUUUGAUCCUGGGGCUGGCAUUGCCCUCAAGGACCACUUUGUCAAGCUCAUUUCCUGGUAUGACAAUGAAUGUGGCUACAACAAUAGGAUGGUGGAUCUUAUGGUCCACAUGGCCUCCAAGGAAUAA